AUGACUGCUGGUUCAAUAUCUGCUUCGUCAAUAAUUCCAUUACGUGUUGGUUAUACACAAAAAUUUUCCAUUGAUACAAAUACAUUGAUUGAAAUACGUAGUGAUACAAAUGAUGUUGAUAUUUAUUAUACAUUAGAUGGUUCAAAACCAGAUGCAUUUAUAACAUUAGCAACACGACCUAAUACAGGCAAAGUAACAAUUAAAGCUAUAGCAGUAUCACGUGAUGGAAUUCGAGAAAGUGUUAUAGUAACAAAAAUAUUUGAUGUUAAAAUUAUUCCAUCAGAUCAUUCAUUAUCGGAUGAAUAUGAAAAUCGAUACUUAUAUGAACUACAACAAGAACGAAAGGUAAAAAAUUUCAAAAUGAUAGAUAAUACAUAA